GGACAUCUUUGGUUUCACGGCUCUUUACAAAUUGGUGAUUGAUAAUAGUAUCCAUUCAGCAUAACGCCCAUUUGCAAGUCUAGAUUUGUCAUAACGGAGAAAGAGUUGUCCGCAAGCCUUUCUGGUAACUCUCAACAGCUAUUAAAGUCAUGUAUCUCUGCAAGAUUUUAGAGGGAAGUAAGAUCUUACAUCUCUACUUGUCCUCCGAAAAGCAUAUUCUUAACUUCCAUACAACUCCAACAAAGGAUACACAACAUGUCUCGACUAAGUGGAAAGACAGCCGUGAUCACCGGCGGAGCAACAGGCAUCGGUCUCGCAGCAGCAAAGCGCUUCAUCUCGGAAGGCGCCUUCGUCUACAUCUAUGGCCGCCGUCAAGACGCCCUCGACGCAGCUUUAGCCGACCUGGGGCCCAACGCCCGCGCUGUGAAGGGCUCCGUCUCAGACCUAGCUGACCUCGAUCGCCUCUACGCAGCAGUAAAAGCCGAGCGCGGAACCCUCGACAUCGUCUUCUCCAAUGCCGGAGCGGGCAGCCAGCUGAAGCUCGGCGACAUCACCGUUGAGCACUGUGAUGAAAUCCUCGACACCAACGUCAAGGGUGCCGUCUUCACGGUGCAAAAGGCGCUGCCGCUCAUGGGCCCCGGUGGCUCCAUUAUCUUGACCGGAUCCAGCGCGGGCACCACGGGUGCACCCGCAUUCAGCUUGUAUGGCGCGAGUAAGGCGGCGGUACGUAACCUCGCAAAGACCUGGGCCGAGGACUUGAAGGGUACUGGUAUCCGGGUCAAUGUGCUGUCGCCUGGGCCGACGGCGACAGAACUCGCGAAGGGGGCACUGGGCGAGGAGGGGAUGAAAGCCUUUGCUGCGGGUAAUCCGCUCCAGCGUAUGGCUGAGCCGUCGGAGAUUGGGGCGGUAGCGGCUUUUCUUGCGUCGUCGGAUAGUAGUUUCAUGACUGCUAGUGAGGUUGCUGUUGAUGGUGGCCUUGCGCAAAUUUGAUGCAGAGGCACUUGCCAGACGGAAGAUGGAUCGUUGGAGAGGUUGGAGAAAAGACAGCACAGAUAGUUGGAGAGGAAAUAGGAAAGUUGACAGAAGAGAAAUCAAUCAUUUUGGAGGUAUCUGAUAUCCAAAACAAGAAAGUAUCAAAUUGUACAAACUUAAGCUCCUCUCCUCCCUUCUUUACUCCUCCGCCUGAAGAUGAUUAGUCUAUUCAGAACUGAAAAGAGCGUCCGAAUCUUAAUAGUAUAUUAUAUCAUGCAUAUACAAGUCUC